AUGAGCGACGAUUACUUAAAUAAACCUUUAUCCUUUGGAGCACCGCCGUCAUCAGGAAUCGCAGCAAGUCCACAGCUGCAACCUUUGUCGCCGUAUCUAAAUUACGAUGCUCGAUACCUUCAAGCGCAACCAGAAUUUAUUUUUCCCGAAGGAGCCUCCAAACAGCGGGGCAGAUUCGAGCUUGCAUUCUCACAGAUUGGUUCCUCGGCGAUGAUAGGCGCCUGCAUUGGCGGCGCAGGAGGGCUGUACAAUGGUAUAAAUGCAACACGGUUAGCUAAACAGACUGGAAAGUUGCGUCGAACACAAUUGUUAAAUCACGUUAUGAAGCAAGGUGCUGCGACCGCUAACACGUUCGGUACGAUAGCGGUAAUGUAUUCGGCCUUUGGCGUCGUGUUGCAAUACGCGCGGGGUGAAGACGAUGAAAUCAACACAAUUGCUGCUGGUGGUGCCACUGGACUAUUGUACAAAUCCACAGCCGGACUACGGAAAUGUGCAAUCGGUGGAGGAAUUGGAUUGGCACUAUCGUCCAUGUACGUGCUUUGGUGUAUGACAGGUGGUGGUUCUAAAAAGUUGAGUGAUCUUAAAUCACAAUACUUGUAA